GUACAGAUAGCAGGGGCACAGACAAAAAGCCAUAAAAUCGGCUUGACUAGGUCUGUGUCCCUUAUUGCUUUCUUUGGCAUCACGUAGCAAUGUGAAAGAAAUUACGGCCUGAACAAGAAUUCUGCUUCCUACGCCAGCUACUUCACAUGGAAAACAGCCGUCAACACUAUCAUCAUCGUUAGUUCGCAGUCAGCCAGCUGGCGGCAGCCGACGCCCCUCAUUCAAGUGAUACUUAAGUGAUCUGCGGUAACAUCCUAAACAGCGUGUGAAACCGUGACGACAGCAUUCAAGAAGAACGUGCACUUCGCCAUCGAAGCUACCCGAUCGAUCCUUCCCAAUCGUAGGGUCGACAUCCCUUGAUACCAGUCGAGCAUGGCGGAAGCGCAGAAAGCCAUCAAAGUUGGCAUCAUCGGGGGCAGUGGCCUCGAUAACCCGGACAUCCUGGAAGACCGUAAGGAGUACGCAGUGAGCACGCCAUUCGGAGAGCCCUCUGACGUUCUUAUAUGUGGACGGAUCGGCAAAGUGGACUGUGUGCUGUUGGCAAGGCACGGCCGCAAGCACACGCUGAUGCCGUCCAAAGUCAACUACCGAGCCAACAUCUGGGCGCUCAAGGAGCUGGGCUGCACCCACGUCAUCGCCUUCACCGCCUGUGGCUCUUUGCGUGAGGAGAUGAAGCCGGGUGACAUCGUCAUCCUGGACCAGUUCAUUGACAGGACGACCAAGCGGGAGACGACCUUCUACGAUGGCAGCAAGGACUCUCCGGAGGGCGUCUGCCACAUCUCGGCUGCAUUUCCUUUCCACGCGGGGCUUCGCGAGGUUCUCAUCAAGACUGUGCGAUCCCUAAAUGUCCCACAUCACGAAACAGGCACGGUAGUGACCAUCGAGGGCCCGCGUUUCUCGACUCGCGUCGAGAGCUGCCUCUUCCGCUCCUGGAAUGGCCACGUGAUCAACAUGACCACCGUGCCUGAGGUUAUACUGGCCAAGGAGGCUGGCCUGCUGUACGCUUCUAUUGGCCUGGUGACGGACUACGACAGCUGGCGGCUGGACGUACAACAUGUGGACGUGGAAGCUGUGCUGGAGACGAUGCGGAAGAACAGCAGCGUAGCCAUAAAAGUCCUGCUUGCUGUUCUCCCCAGGGUCGCUGCCAUUGAUUGGAGUGCUGCAAUAAAGGAGGCAAAGGAUAUUGUUGCAGAGGCAAUACUUAAACCUGUGCCGCUACUGUGACGACAGCAGGGCUAAUCGGUACCCUGCUCAACAAAUAAAAAAGGUUAACUGAGCCCGAGUGCAGUGAGAACCAGUCAAGUGUACCACAGGCAUCUAAGUCUGUGUGCUUGUCAUUCACUGCAUAUCUACAACAGGUCUUUUGUGGUUCAAUUCCAUCAAUUUGAUCUGGACGAAUUCGGUGGUAUAAAUAAAAUCGUCUUGCUGGUAAACUGAAAAGGCCUAGUAAAAGGACGUCCGAAUAAGUGGCGUAGUAGUGACCCGACUUGAAAUUAACCAAAUUUUGAAAGCGGAGCUUCCAUUGCCUACCUCAUCCCCCCCCCCCUCCCCUCCACACACAAAUGCACUUUGUGGCUGUUGUUUUGCCAAGUAGACAACUUAGCCACUAGGUAUGUGUCGCUGUGACAAAAAAAUCAAGCAUAUUUGUCUCUUGACAAUCGCCUUUAUAACACAAUGUAGCAUGCCUCCAAUUCUAGCCAUAAGGAAUAGGAUAAACUCUGCCAAAUUUGCCUUCAUGGAAUGCUGGCCAAUCUCGAGACAAGGUUUUGCAGCAAAGCUGUACAUGGCUAGGGCAUGUCCGUUGUCUGCAAACAACCCGCGAGCUAGCUCGCUGGUGCGCCUCGGCGCAACCUGUGGGCGCACUUGUGCCACUGCUCAUGCGUACGUCCGCGUAGUCUCCUUCCACAGCUGGCUCGGUUGUCGCUCUUCAUU